CUGCAAUGUGUCUGUUUGGAAAUGACUGUUAGUUAUCAGCUGGAUACAAACCUCACCUGCAAGGAGGGUGUUCAUCAUCCCUAAGGAACGCUGGUGACAUUUGGCUGAGAAGGAUAUCAAGAUGGGAAAACCCUCUUGCCAUAAUUUCAGUGUGAUUAUUAUCUGAAAAUAUUUUUUUCUUAAUCAUUAAGCUAAGACAAUUACAAUGUUGCUUUUGGGAAAAUAGGACAGCACUAUCUCAGCACUCAGAGCAGUGCACUGGAAUUGGCACUGGACAAGAACUUGUUUGUUUCUGUUAUCAGUUAAAACCUGAAUGCUUGGAGCUCUGGGUACAGAGAGUUUGCUGAAGGAGCCACUAGGCGGUGAGAGGGCUCCGUGUCAUCGCUCUUCCUCCCCASAGUGCCUCAAAUCUUUGUGCCCUGCUCCUGGAAGGUGCUGAGCAUCUUUGCUCCCUACAGAGGACUGUCUGCAGCCACCCAUCCUUGUGAAGCAUCUCCUGCCUGGGGUAAUUUGCAUGUAACCAAGACAAAAAGAAAAAGAUACCAGCACCACAGCACACAUCCUCUGUAAAAGCAAGCUACCCUUUUGUGAUUCUGACAUUAAAAGAUAGCAUCCAUUUCAGCCCUGUGCUUCUCUCUAAGGCAGUGAUGUCCUCCUCAUCCUCUUCAGCAUUGGAGAUGGAGAUCUUCCAGUACAUUGAUGAUCAUCAAAGUGAUUUCAUCAAGGAUCUGAAGGAAUGGGUGGCUGUGGAAAGCGAUUCUGUUCAACCACAUCUGAGGAAAGAAGUAAUACGAAUGAUGGUGUUGGCAGCAGACAGACUUGCAGCACUGGGAGCCACUGUUAAUUCAGUAAACUUGGGRUCACAUCAGUUGCCUGAUGGCCGAGUSCUCCCACUGCCUUCUGUGAUCCUUGGGGAACUGGGGAAGGAUCCACAAAACCCCACUGUGUGUUUCUAUGGUCAUGUGGAUGUGCAGCCUGCCAAGAAGGAAGAUGGCUGGAACACUGACCCCUACACACUGACUGAAAUCGAUGGAAACCUCUAUGGGCGUGGAGCAACAGACAAUAAGGGACCUGUUCUGGCUUGGAUAAAUGCAGUGGAAACUUUUAGAGCCUUAAAAUUAGCUAUGCCAGUGAACUUCAAGUUUGUAAUUGAAGGCAUGGAAGAAGCAGGAUCCUUGGGGCUAGAAAAGUUACUUGAAGAAGAAAACCAGAGCUUCUUCUCUGAUGUUGAUUAUAUUGUAAUUUCGGACAACCUGUGGCUCAGCAACAAGAAGCCUGCCCUUACCUAUGGGAGUCGGGGAAAUGCCUGCUUCUUUGUGGAGGUUGAAUGUGGCAGCAAGGACCUUCACUCUGGAACUUUUGGAGGCAUCAUUCACGAGCCACUGCUGGACCUGAUAGCUCUGCUGGACAGCCUUGUGGAUUCCACAGGUCGUAUUCAGAUCCCUGGAAUCUAUGAUGGUGUUGCUGUGCUGACAGAGGAGGAAAGGAAAUUAUAUGAAUCGAUUGAAUUUGAUCUAGAAGAACAUAGAAAUAACUGUGGUGUGAAAAAAUUCCUCUAUGGAACCAAGGAAGAAAUACUUCUACACCUGUGGCGCUACCCCUCUCUCUCUAUUCAUGGGAUUGAAGGAGCUUUCCAUGAACCAGGAAUUAAAACAGUCAUUCCAGCAAAAGUAAUUGGCAAAUUCUCAAUCCGUCAGGUCCCCCAUAUGGAUCUCUCAGUUGUGAAACAACAGGUGGUGGAACACUUGGAGRGUGUCUUUUCCAAGAGGAACAGUCCAAACAUACUGAAAGUGUCCAUGCCUUUGGGUGCAAAGCCCUGGCUUGCUGAUGUUAAUGAUCUACUAUAUAAAGCAGCAAGAAGGGCAAUAAAAACAGUUUUUGGAGAAGAUCCAGAUUUUAUUCGUGAUGGCUCAACAAUUCCUGUUGCCAGAAUGUUUCAGACUAUAACACAGAAAAGUGUGAUGAUGCUUCCAAUUGGAGCAGCCGAUGAUGGGGAGCAUUCCCAGAAUGAGAAAAUAAGCAGACAUAACUAUAUYGAAGGAACCAAAUUGUUUGCCGCUUUUUUCCUGGAGAUAUCAAAGCUACAUCGGAACUCCCAUGACACUUCCCACACAGAGACUAUCAACUGACAGACCAUAUCAAGAAAAUCAGCAAAGCAUUUUCUUAAACUUUUAAACUUAUAUGAAACAUAUAAAUCACAUAUUCAGUGGCUGUGAAUUGAUGGGAAAAAAAAA